UCGGGCCCUGCUGGUGCCUGCCUGGACCUCUGCCCCCCCCCACCGCCACACCUGCCUCUCGGCGACCCCCGCAACCGCCAAGAGAGAGCUCUGGCUGGCCGGACAGCUUGGCCUUCCUGGGGCCACUCCGGGCAAUUCAGCCGCCGGCCCUUGCUGGGUUUCCUGACAGAAUCUGGGGCCGCCAUGGAAGCAGCAGAGGCCACCCCGGGUCCCUCCUGCCAGGAGGAGGAGGAGGAGGAGGGAGACCACGAGACUGAGGACUUGUCUGUGGGCUGCGGGGGUGACUUGGAGGUGAACCCCUACGAUGGUCUGCCUUUUUCCUCCCGCUACUAUGAGCUCCUGCGCCAGCGUCGCCUCCUUCCCAUCUGGGAGACCAAGUUUGCCUUCAUGGAGCACUUGGAGGGGGGAGCUGCCAUCGUCGUGGUCUCUGGGGAACCAGGCACGGGCAAAAGCACCCAGGUGCCCCAGUGGUGCGCGGAGCACGCCCUUUCGCAGCAGUUUGCCCACGGCCACGUCGUCUGCACGCAGCCCCACAGCCUGGCUGCCCUCAGCCUGGCCUUGCGGGUGGCGGACGAGAUGGACCUCAACGUGGGCCAUGAGGUGGGCUACUGUGUCCCCUACGAGGACUGCUGUACUUCAGAGACACUCCUCAGGUUCUGCUCGGACGAGGUGCUGCUGCGGGAGAUGACCUCUGACCCGCUCCUGCGACCGUACGGGGUGGUGGUGCUGGACGAGGCCCAGGAGCGGACGGUGCCCACGGACCUCCUCCUGGGGCUGCUGAAGGACGCGCAACGCCAGCGCCCGGAGCUGCGCCUGGUGGUGGUGACGGAGCCGCAGCUGGAGGAGCCCCUGCGCCGCUUCUGUGCGGAGCCCCCGCUUGUCCGAGUGCCAGGCUUGGGCCAGGCCCCCCACCUGACCUACAGGGAGCCCCCGACGGGGAAACACGUGGCGGCCGCCUGCCAGGCUGUACUAGAGAUCCACGGGCUGGAGGAAGCCGGAGACGUGAUCGUCUUCUUGGCCAGUGAGCAGGAGAUCGCGGCAUGCUGCGAGGCCAUCCGUGCUGAGGCCGUCACCUUGCCCCCCAGCUUGGGUCCCCUGCUGGUGCUGCCCCUCCACCCUGGGGUGGGGCGGGACGUCCAGAGGGUGUACGAGAGCGACUCGGGGCUGCCUGGCGAGGGCGGCCGGACCCGCAAGGUCAUCGUCUCACAUUGGUUGGCAGACGGAGGCUUCGCCGUCGGAAGCGUCCGGCACGUCAUUGAUGCUGGGCUGGAGCUGCGCAGUGUUUACAAUCCACAGAUCCGAGCAGAGUCCCAGGGCCUGCGUCCCAUCAGCAAGAGGCAGGCCGAGGCCCGGCGGCUGAGGGCAGCGGGGAACCCCCCAGGCUCCUGCGUGCGCCUCUAUUCGGAGCCGGUCUUUGAGGAGCAGCUGCCAGCCCUCCCUCCGCCACCCAUCACCGAGGCCAACCUGAGUUGGCUGGUGUUGCUGCUCAAGAGGCUGGACAUUGCGGACAUGGGCCAGUGCGACUUCCUGGACAGGCCAGCCCCCGAGUCCUUGAUGCAGGCCCUGGAAGACCUGGACUACCUGGCUGCGCUGGAUGACGACGGGCAUCUCUCCGAGGUGGGCAUCAUCCUCUCAGAGUUCCCUCUUGACCCCCAGCUGGCUAAGGCUCUCCUGGCCGCCUGCGAGUUUGACUGCGUGGACGAGAUGCUCACCCUGGCUGCCAUGCUGACAGUGGGACCUUGCUUCCUGACCCCUCCCUCCCGCUGGGAAGAGGCAGUCGCCGCCCGGCAGCGGUCCCUGUUGCAUCCGGCUGGCGACCACUUCACUCUCAUCAACAUCUUCAACGCUUUCCAUCAGCAGAAUGACCCCGAAAGUUGGUGCCGGAAGCACGCAGUGAGUGAGGCUGCCCUGCGGCUGGCGGGGUCCGUGCGGGCAGAGCUGCUGGAGGUCAUGCAGCGGAUUGAGCUGCCCAUCUCGCCGCCAGCCUUUGGCACGGAGGGCAACGUCCAGCGGCUGAAGCAGGCCCUCCUUUCAGGCUUCUUCCUCAAGGUGGCCCGGGACAUCGACGGCUCUGGCAACUACCUGCUGCUGACCCACAAGCACCUGGCCCAACUGCCCCUCACCUGCUGCUACCGCCUCCGCCGGCCGCCCCCCCGGCCUCCCCUCUGGGUGGUGUACCACGAGUUCACUGUCUCGCAGGAUAACUGCCUGAACAUCGUCUCCGAGAUCCAGCCAGAGAUGCUGGCCCAGCUGGCCCCCCAGUACUACCUCAGCAACCUGCCUCCCAGCGAGAGCCGCGACCUUCUGCUGGAGUUGCGGGAAGAGUUUUCGGCGGCAGAGGAGCUGAGCCCCCCUCUGUCCCCCCCACAGGACAAGAGGCCUCAGACCCCCAGCAGAGCGGCAGAGGAGGGGGAAGAUGGCUGUGUGGUGCAGUGAGCCAGGAGCCACGUGGGGCCCAACUGGGCGGCCCUCAAGAGCAGUGCCGUGGCCUGGGAGCAGGAGCUGGUCUCCCUGGAUGCAGGCCGGGUCUUUGGAGCGGGGCUCAGCGCAGGCUGGCAUCCAUCCAGCUCCUGGCCUCGGCCACUUGUGGGCUGCCCGGAUCUGUGUGUGGUUUUCUGGGGGUCUCCGUUCGGGUAGUCCUGAGGCCACGGGGCUUGCCACGGCUGCAGGAGGCCAGCAGCUGGGCAGAAGCGCUGCUGCUGCUGGUGGUGGCGGUGGUGGUGGUGGUGGGUGCUGUGAGCUGCAGGGUUGGGGCAGCCAGGGGCCUUGCCCACCUUCUGUGCCUGGUGGGGCCAGAAGAGGGGAAGGGCUUUCCCCGGGGCUCAUGAAAAGCGCUUUCUGUAACUGGUCCAUAAAGAGUGGGCAUGGACGGGGAUCUCUGUUGGACUGGGCAGCCGGUGGGCAUUGGCACUUGGCACUUCAGCAGUGCAUGGAUGUGGCACCCUGUGCCAGGCAGGGGUUGUGGAGCGCCAGGUUUUGCCUCUUAACAGGCCUUCGCCCGAUGAAUGGCUUCCCCCUCCCCUCACUCCUAGCAAGGCCUUUGGUGUCUCUGUAAGGGCGGCCCUAACACUGGCUGCCCUUCCACAGAGAGGUUGUUGGCCGGGAGCAGCUCUCUAAGUGUGUGUGUGUGUGUGUGAGAGAGAGAGAGAGAGAGAGAGAGAG